AAGGAGAGGUACCGGAUCCGGUCAAAUAGGUUCCAGAACAAAACAGUCCAAAACUUAGAGGGGCAGGAUCUGGCUCAAAUUAAGCACUGUCUAUUUAGUAGCAAGUAGACAGCCUAUCAAUCUUCUUUCUGACCCCCCUGCCACACAUCAGAACACUCUUUGUACACGUGCAGCCACAAGGACGCACACAAUCAAGGAGGGCUAAUAACGAAUAUAUCAUAAUCAUCACAAUUCACAGAUGUACACCUAUACUAUAUAUUUUGUUUGAUGCUUUGCCACUACAAUAGGCUAUUAUCAUUUACCUAAAGAAAUGGUUGGAUUUAGCUUUAGACCGAGGUGCGCGGAGAUGAGUGGCGGAGACCAAGGCACGCGUGGACAACAGUGGAUGCAUCAAUUCAAGCUAUAAAUUUGUGUCUUCAGGACUCUGAAGACUGUCUGGUGGACCAGAUGCAGUACAUGAGGUCCCUGCAGGACCUGAAGCACAUGAGCCGACCGCUGAGCGAUCCCUCUGGCCGCUCCUAUGCCAUGACCCGUGCCUGCCAGCAGAGGGCUCAGCAGCGGGAGCGCCUGUCACACCUCCGUAGGCCCAUCUCUGAGGCCAGCACUUACGACUCAGCUUGCUGCCUGGCCAGCCCCAUGGAGGAGGAGGAGCAGGAAGGGCAGAAGCGGUUAAUGCAGGGCUCCCCCAGCAGUGACAAGAGUCUGGAGUUUGACUCAGGAUACUCUGAGGCAUCCUGGCAGGACGAGGAUGUGGUGCUCAGGAGGACCAGGAACGUACGUGUGUCUAACUCCGCCUGCCUCCGCACCAACCGGGGAGUGGGUCCCGCCGGCCGGAUUCGGCCCAAAUCCACUUCUGACGCUUGUCUGGAGCGCUGGACGUCAUUUGAGGCGAGCAGCGACCCAGAAGACUGGACCACGUCACUGCUGAGCCGCAGCAGGAACAGACAGCCCCUGGUGCUGGGGGACAACAGCUUCGCUGACCUCAUUAAGAACUGGAUGGACCUGCCAGAGUGUCCUGAGCCAGCAGAACUCAAGCCCCAUGCAGGCCGGCGCCUGGCAAAGGACCUCCUGGUCAACAUGAGGAGGAAGCUGGCAGGGAUGUCUAAGAGCGUGGAGAUGAGGGCCAGACCAGCAGACAGCACCAGGGUCAGCAGGGCCGCGGUGGCCCCCAAACGCAUGUCCUGCCCCGUGGGCUUCCAGCCACACAAACCGUUCUUUCACCAGUCCCACACAGGCCUGCACCAACUGGGAACAGACUUCUACCAGUUCACUGCUCUCAUGAAGACAGGCAGCCGACAACCUAUCAUAUGCAAUGACAUCAUCGGGUACGUCUGAUUGGAGUGAUGUCAAAACUACCGAUUCUUACCACAGAUUUACAUAAUGUUAUUUAAUUUUUUUAUAUGUGCUUUAUGUUGAAAUUGUUACAAUAAAAAUGUUUGUCUAUUGAAAAUA